AUGAGUGACUCACAGGAAGCGACAUCCCCGGUGGCAGGCAUCGGAGGACCUGCUGCUUGUGUUUCCAAGGUGGAGCUGCGUGUGUCCUGUAAGUCCCUGUUGGAUCGAGACACGCUCAACAAGUCUGACCCCUGCGUCAUACUUAUGGUACAAAAUCAAGGCCAGUGGACAGAAUUGGACCGUACUGAAGUGAUCAAGAGUAACCUGAAUCCAGUCUUCGCUAAAGUCUUAAUGCUGGACUAUUACUUUGAGGAAGUACAGAAACUGCGCUUUGAAGUCUACGACAUUCAUGGAACUCACAGUAUCGGAACUCGCGAUGACGACUUCUUGGGUGGUGUAGAGUGCACGCUUGGACAGAUAGUGGCCCAAAAAAAGAUGGUGAAACCUCUUCUGCUGAAAUACGGAAAAUAUGCUGGAAAAUCAACAAUUACAAUUCAUGCUGAAGAGAUUUCUGGGAACAAUGGCUAUGUUGAGCUUUCCUUCCAUGCCAAAAAGUUGGAUGAUAAGGAUCUCUUCAGCAAGUCAGAUCCAUUCUUGGAGAUUUACCGGAUCAAUGAUGAUGGAACAGAACAGCUUGUACACAGAACUGAAGUAAUCAAAAACAACCUGAACCCUGUGUGGGAGCCAUUUAAAGUGUCUCUCAUUUCUUUGUGCAGUUGUGACGAUGAAAGAAAGUUAAAGUGCUUAGUCUGGGAUUAUGACUCCAGGGGAAAGCAUGAUUUCAUUGGCGAAUUCUACACCAAUUUCAAAGAAAUGCAGAAGAUUUCCUUGGAAAACAAGGUCACUUGGGAAUGCAUCAAUCCAAAAUACAAACUGAAGAAGAAGAAGAACUACAAGAACUCUGGGCUGGUUAUUCUCAGCGUUCUCAAGCUUCACAGAGUCUAUUCCUUCCUGGACUACAUCAUGGGAGGCUGCCAAAUACACUUCACAGUUGCUAUUGACUUCACAGCGUCUAACGGGGACCCUCGCAAUAGCUGUUCCCUUCACUACAUCAACCCAUAUCAACCGAAUGAAUAUCUAAAAGCUUUGAUAGCUGUGGGGGAGAUCUGCCAGGAUUAUGACAGUGACAAAAGAUUUUCUGCUUUGGGCUUUGGGGCAAGAAUUCCACCUAACUAUGAGGUGUCUCAUGACUUUGCCAUCAACUUCAACCCAGAGGAUGAUGAAUGUGAAGAGAUCCAGGGGGUCGUGGAAGCCUACCAAAACUGCCUCCCCAAGAUCCAGCUGUACGGUCCCACCAACGUGGCUCCCAUCAUCACCAGAAUAGCUAAACUGGCGGCUGGGAAAGAACCAAUCAAAGAUGCUUCUCUCUAUCAUAUCCUGCUGAUCCUAACAGACGGGGUGGUAACAGACAUGGCCGAUACACGAGAGGCCAUUGUCCGGGCGUCUUACCAGCCUAUGUCCAUCAUCAUAGUGGGAGUAGGAAACGCCGACUUCACCGACAUGCAGAUACUUGAUGGAGACGAUGGAGUGCUGCGCUCACCCAAAGGGGAACCCGUCUUAAGGGACAUCGUCCAGUUUGUGCCCUUCAGAGACUUCAAAACAGCUUCACCGGCAGCACUGGCAAAGUGUGUGCUUGCAGAGGUGCCUAAACAGGUGGUGGAGUACUUUAGUCACAAGGCGAUACCACCCAUGAACCCAGUGCUGAAUUCUAAGCCCAGCUCCAUUGCCAACACACCAGAAUAACACUCAAACUUGAGUCCAGCCUGGCCUCAUCUCAAGCCAUGUACAACCUUUACAGUACUGCAAAGGCUGCUUGGCCAUUACCACAUUACCACAGUCAGUACAUUGAAAACUACUGUAUGUCUUCAAGGUGUUUAUACAGACUAAGAAUUUGGAUCUUGGUGUUAGAUCUUGCCCUUGAUACAAUGACUGCUCCCCAGCAUGCACACUGGAGCCCUUUUCCCCGCUGCCUGCGUAAGGUUCGUCAG